UUAUAUAUUUGCAUUCACCAUUGCUUCACUUGCAACAUUUUAUGCCAAUCUCCAAUCAAUCAAUCAAAUGCUUUACCUCCUGAUUUCUUUUGUCUCAUUCAUCCUUAUUUCCAAGUCCUUCACUCACAAGCCAAUACAAUCAUGGGAGGGUAAGCUAAAAUUGAGUUCUUUUUGGUUUUGGGGUGAGUUAUUAAGUUUUCUUGUGUCCUGGUUCCAGAAAAGUAGGCUUGCUAUUGAUUUGUUCCAACCCAUCAUCUGCAAAUUGAAAAAGAUGAUGACUUUUAGUUCAAGAGUAGAGAAUGUGGAGGAGAGAGACAGUCUCUCUCUCCUGGAUUUGCCUGACUUGACCUUGGAAUGCAUUCUUGAGAGGCUUUCCCCAUCUGGGUUGUGCACUAUGGGAGGAGUUUGUACUUCUUUGAGGGAGAGGUGCAGAGAUGAUCGUUUAUGGGAGAGGCACAUGAAGGAGAAAUGGGGUAGACUGAUUGGGGCUGCUGCUUAUAGAGAAUGGCAAUUACAUGUGGCCUCAAGAAGCAGAGUCAGAAAUAUCUCUGAUCAAACCAAGAAAAAAGGUCUAUUUGAGUCUCUUGUCGUGAGUAAAAUUUGGCCUUUUUCAUGGAUCAGACCAAAAUUAGCAAGUUCUGAUUGCAAAGUGAGGACUAGUUUACCGGUCGAGUCAGUCAUGUCUCUGUAUCUUUCGCUUGAAAGUGGCAAGUUCUGGUUCCCAGCUCAGGUCUAUAACCGUGAGAAUGGUAAUGUAGGCUUUAUGCUGUCUUGUUAUGAUGCACAAGUGAGCUAUGAUUCAAGGACAAACACAUUUCAAGCAAGGUAUUCACCUUAUGGGAGGAGGGCAACAGAGGAUAAUAUUCCAUGGGAUAGACUGAGAGCGGCUCCAGUUGAUACUCCCUCACAUAAGCUUCAUGUCUCUGAUUGUCUACAUGACUUGAAACCCGGUGAUCAUAUUGAAAUCCAGUGGAGAAGAAACAAAGAAUUCCCUUAUGGUUGGUGGUAUGGUGUCAUUGGUCACUUGGAGUUGUGUGAUGGGCAUGAGAAUCGCUGCCGUUGUCACUACAGUGAUACAGUAACACUGGAGUUCAGUCAGUACACUCCUGGAUCCAGAUGGAGACAAGUGACGAUAAACAGGAAAGACCAUCGAGAAGAAGGCAAUGAAGCAGAUGGCUUCUAUGGGGGGAUCCGAAAGCUUUACAAUGAGGAGGAAAUUGCAAGGUGGAAGCGCCUAUGGCCUACCCAAGUCCUUGAAUAAGCCUUCCACUCUUAUUCAUGAUUGCUCUGUAAAUAAUUGAGUCCCCCUCCCCCUUUUUUUGUUGCUCUUUAGCUGUGAAUGAAGAGCUUAGUCAUAUAGAAGUCAUUCUAAGAGGAUGAAAAUAAUACUCCAUGAUUUUGUUCCCAGAGUAGGAAUCUCUAACAGGCAUAGUUGUUGAAGCCCACAUCGGAAAAUGGAAGCCUUGCAUCAAAAAAAUUUGGGCCUCGUCACCCAAUAUUUGU